CCUUCGGGACCAACACACAUCAAACUCACUUUUAGUAGUGAAAAAAAGAGGCAAUGGCACUAGGAAGAAGCAUGAGCUGCACUGGCGCCGUUGCUCUUGUGUUGGUGAUAACUUUGUGUUGCGCAAACUGUGGUUUUAGCAAGACGGAGUGGAUAGUCGGGGGUCACAAGGGAUGGACCUUUGGUGUUCAUGGCUGGGAGAAUAACAAGACCUUUUACCCUGGUGACGUGCUUGUGUUCAAGUACAAUCCGAAGAUGCAUAACGUGGUGGUAGUGAAUAAAGACGAGUCGUUCUUCUGCAGGGCUGGUGCUGUCGGGGACGACAUAUAUACCUCUGGCUACGACAAGCUCGAGCUCAGUAACCAAGGCCCCAAGAUGUACGCCAUCAGCUCCAAAUUUGGAGACUGUGAGCAUGGAAUGAGGAUUGAAGUUCCCAUCACAACAAAGAUGAUCCACUGAUAGGCUGACUACUUGAUAAGCCUGUAGUUUCAUUUUAGUUAUUAUAUUGCUCAAAUAACGGAAGGACAUCUAAAUUAUGCGCCAAUGUGUUGCAAGACAUGUCUGAAAGUGAUGUAGACUGCACUGCAGGUUAUGGGUGCAAUUGUUUUGGCAAGUGGGCAAUUAUUCCCAAAGCA